ACCCGACGGGAUCCUACGUCAGCGCUUGGCGUCCGAAAAGACCCGACCAAGAGAGGAACGCCGUCGUCCACAUGAGCCAACUCGGACCGCGCGGAGGGAGGAAAAUGGUUGAUAAAGCGGAGGGUUUGAGCAUAGCUCAGCAGGUAGAGAGCCUAGAAGACAAGUUGAUGUUUUGCAGGCAAGCUUUGGAAGAGGUGGAUUUUAAGCUACGCAGAGAAGAACUAACAUCUGCACGAAGAGAAUCACUGGAAAAAGAGAAAAACAUGCUAGAAACCAAGGCCGAAAUUUAUGAGAAAGAGCUCAAAAUGCUUCGUCAUGAGAAUCGGAAGACUGUAGCGCUUUCAGCAGCCAUCAUACUCUUAGUGUUUGUUAUUUACACCUGCUGGACCAUGUAACAUUUAGGUGCUGAAAUCUAAUGACUACUGUAGACCCUGAUGAUUCUACCUCCCUUCCCAAAUUGUGCCAAGGGUAAGAUCAGCUUUCCAUACCAACAUGCUCUGCAACAUAGACCAUCUUAGCGUAGUCUUCCAAAAGAACUUCAGUAGAAAAUUAACCAAGGACAAAAGGCAGGGUUAGUUGGACCUUCCAGCUGAUGGCUAGGUAACGGGAUUGUGAGGGCAGGUUAGUUGCACCCUGAUUGUAGAAUUGCCUUCACAGAGGCUGAGCUGGGGUCACUGCAUUUUUUUAAUGGCAGGCAAUAUAUCUUUAUAUAGGCUUCUAUGUCUUUCAUUAAGUCCUUUUAAUCAUGUUUAAAAUGUUUUUAAUUGAUAGUUUUGUGAGCCAAUUGACUACUUUUAUCAAACUCUAUUAAUUUUUUAAGGGAAGAAGUUACUGUAUAGUUUUGCCUUCUUUGAAAAAAAUGUCAAUCCAAGUGAUUGUUAAUAUUUGCAUUUUGAACUGAAAUAAAAUGCAGAAAUUUAAAAAUAAAUGUGCUUCCCUUUUUUCCUUUUCAUUUUCUUCGGUCAGGUCUCCCGUCAAUUCUUUUAUCAGGAACGCUUUGUAAUUCUCCUUCCUUUCCUGACUUUUAAGUUUUUCACCAUGCUAGAGUUAAUUGGCUUGACAUUUUCCUGACUGCAACAAUGCCUCAAGUUCAGUACCUAUUAGCAAUACCUAUUAGCACCUCCGUUGUUGAAGGAAGAAGGCAUUCUAAUGCUGUCAAGCUGCUUUGUUUUGCUUUGGAAAUACACUCAUGGUUCCUUUUAGUUUCUGCUUCAAAUAUGCACUCAAGCCUCAUUCAUUUUGUUUUCUACUUUGGCAAUAUAACCAUGGCUCCCUCCUUUUGUAUCUGUGAUUCAAUUACAUCUCUCUGUCCAAAAAAGUAUAUAAAUCACCUUUCAACUUUGCUGUUUUCAGUAAGAAAACAAAUUCUGUUCUUACUUCCGUGCAAAUAAAUAAAUUGCCCAUG